AUGCCGCAUUCCUCGCCGGAAACGGCGGCCAGUUCGCCGCCGUCGCAAUCGUCGUCGCUCGCCAUGAAGCCCUGGUCCCCCGGGAACCUCCUGAAGAAGCACCUGAGACGCACACUUGUUAUUGCUAUGGACGGCCACAGUCACUUCCAAGAGAAUCAGCAGCAGCAGCAGCGCCAGGACGGCACAGUUUCACCCGAGUCGCAAUCGCCUGCUCUUUCUUUCGGUGGUUUGUCGUAUGAAGAAUGCAGGAGCGUGUUCCUUUCACCCAACGCCCGCAGCUCAAGCGACCCUUAUUUGCCAUCUCUCUGGAUCCCUCCCACCGCCCCCCACACUGCCCUCCUCACUGCUGCUGCUGCUGCUGCCAGUUCUCCCUUCUCCUUGCCGUCUUUCUCCGCUGCCACUUCUCCCCCCAAAGUUGCUGCUCUCCCAAAUGUCAUUGCUGUUCCCAAUGCCGCUGCUCUCCCUAAUGAUGCUGUGCCGACCAACACACCGACGUAUGCCAGAGCAGCAUCGCUCAGCCUGCCCAUGAAGAGAGCACGGCAGGAGUUGAGCGCUCUUACGACCGACCAACCUCUCCUGUCGAAUGCUUCACGAGAUGAGCUCCGCCUGCCUCGUCGCGUGGCACAACGGCCUCAGUCCUUGCGGGAGCUGCUUCACCUGCAUGGCGAGAGGCGCUGGCAGCAGCGAGCCCUGUGGCCUGCCGUGGGGUCGCAGAGAGCCUGGUUUGCCCGUCUGCUGCCGGAGGAGCGUCGCCAGCAGGAAGGGGAGAGCAGCGCAGUGCAGCGGGUGAAAUGGCCGCGCGUUGGUUCGGAGAGUGUUCUUCCAGACGACGUGCUGCUGGGGUGCAGCAGCGACGAACCUGUCUUCAUGCAACGUGCAGCUCUGUCUGCUCCUGCGCCCACGCAGCUACACGAAGCGCUGCCCGCGCCAAUGCCCACCCAGCUCGCUGCUCUGCCUGGCUCCCUUCCCUGCAGUGGCGAUUUCACCCCCUGCUGUGAGGAGUUGGCUUCUUGCUUUGGAGACGCGCCCUCUGCUGACGCCCGCACUGCUGCGCAGCAGCUGGCCCAGUCCGUUGACUCGUGCAGCCAUGUCAAUGUGCAGGGCAACGGUGACUUGCACGACAGCAAGAUCGACAUGCAUGUGCACGACAGCAGUAACCACGACAGCCCAGUGCACAACGAUAGCGAUGUGCACUAUGGCAGGAGCGAGAGCCUCUUUCUCGACGCGCCUGUCUCCGAACUGUGCCUCGCUGAGCCUGCCUCCACCGCGCCGCUGGUAGCUGAGAGACCGGCACCCCCACGUGGUGAGGUGGCUCUGCCAGAGUGUGCGGUGGAGCAGGGAAACACCCGCAACAAACAGCACCUGAGCGCGCCUGUGCUGCCAGGCAUGGCAAGUAGCAACCCGCAGCAUUCACAUGACACCCUCUCACACCCAAGGGCCCCACAAAUGCCGGAUCCCAUGCCCCCUCCUGCCCUGCCGCAUGUGCAGCCUCAUAUGAUUGCCUCGCCAACCCUCAUGAAGCCAGCGGUUGGUCCCUGUUUCAAUCUGGGUGAUACGAUGGGAGGUGGUUCUGCUUCCUGGGAAGCCUCGUUUCCCCCCGCCCCCGGACUCGACUCGAAUGUUCCUUCUGCGAGCAGUCUGCUUGGGUUUGGAGAAACAGCUGAUCUGAAAGUGGAGGAGGGCUGGAAGAUGGACAUGCCUGGUGGCGGCACUGAACAUGAUGAGACUUACAGUUUUCCAGAUACGGCCAUGCUUUCGAGUGGGAUAUAUCCAACACAGCUUAUACAUUCAGUUUCUAACAUCCCCCCGGUGCUGUCAUCCCCACAUACACUGCCCAAGUUCACAGGGGCCAUUCUGGCCAAGCUCCUGAGGGCAACGGAGUUCCACGAGGUGCUGGACGCCGUGCGACCCACCAUUGCCAUCUUUGACAGGUCAGCACUAUUUCACAUGUCAGCAGUCUUUGACAGGUCAGCAGUUGUCGCCACGUCAGCAGUCGUGUUUAACAGACCAGCAGGGCAGGGGGAUGCUGGUGGAGGGGAAAUCCUGGGGUACCUGUGCUCAGAGGCGGAGCUCUCUCUCCUCACCCGCUGCUACGCCUUCCCCCCCCACAAGCUCGCCCUCGCCUCCUUCUUCUAUGAUGCACCCGACGCACUUCCAGGUGGGGCAGUGGGAGGUGGGGCAGUGGGAGGUGGGGCAGUGGGAGGUGGGGCAGUGGGAGGUGGGGCAGUGGGAGGUGGGGCAGUGGGAGGUGGGGCAGUGGGAGGUGGGGCAGUGAGGAGGGUUGACACAGUGAGGGCCAUCUCGUCCCUGCACGACCCCUCAUCUGGCUUCAUCAUUCGCGGCCACGCCCCCUCCCUUGAAAUGCUCGCCUCCUACCGAGUGCUGCUAGCACCGCUGCGCUACGGGGCGGGCAUAAAGGGCAAGAUCCUCGACAGCUGGCGCCACGGCACGCCCGUCGUCAUCACCCCCAUGGGCGCCGAGGGCAUGGGCAGCAGAGGGGGAGGGUGCGGCAAGGAACAGCCAGGGGAGGAGGACAAGGAGGCGUUUGCAGCGGAUGCGGUGCGGCUGUACGGCGACCCUCUGCUGUGGGCCACGUGUCAAUCUGCGGGCGGCACCAUCCUCCAGCAGCAUUUUGGCAUGCGCACCAAUGCACCUUCUCUCCUCGCUGCACUCUCUGCUGCCAAGGCAAACAUGCGUGAUAAUAGAAUGCAUGACUACACUGGGGCCAUGUUGUGGCAUGACAGCAACAGGGCAACGGAGUACUUCUCACGAUGGAUUGAGCUCAAAGAGAAGGGUGCAAGACCACCACAGUGA